CCAAGAGCAGGCAGGUCUUUGAGGAAAGAUACUCUCUGUGCCUGUUGCAUCAGAUCACUGUGGAGAAAAAUGACAGCUGGCUCUGUCUCAGUUCCUCAGGUCAUACCACUUCGAAUCCCUCUUCCAGGGAAGGCUAAACAUGAAAUAGACACAAACACUCUUGUAGAAAUAAAAUCAGAUACACCUGAUGUCUCUAUUUUUUACACUUUAGAUGGAAGUAAGCCAGAACUCUUUAGAAAACCUGGCUAUGGAGAGCAUAACACUUUUAAAUAUAAAGGUCCUAUCAUGUUACCAGCUGGGAAAAUAAUGGUCAAAGCACUUGCAGUUACAAAGGACUGCAGGGAGAGUACAGUUGUAACAAAGGUGUUUCUGGUAGAGUACAAACAACCAAAUGCCCUUUCCUCUGUUGAAGAGGAUGACAAGAAUCUCCUAAAAGAUAACACCACUCAGGAGAAGAAAGGUGGUGUAUUUGUUACAAAACUGAAGAAGAAUGGAGUCAAUGUGGAAAUCAAGCCUGCCUGGAUUGAAGCACCCCAAGAUUUUAAAGACUUGGAAGCAGAAAGAAAGACUACUCACAGGUCCCUGCAAGGACCACAGCUCUUUGCCAGCCUUUCGGAAACAGCAGAGUACAGUGAGGAAUCCAUCUCAGCACCACCUGUAGAGUCAUUACAGUUUGCAAGUUCUCCUGCAGUGACUAGCAGGAAAAGCUUAGCAAGCACACAGCUGUCACGGAUCCAGAGGGAGACAAACUUCCUCAAAUGUGCCUGCUGCUCUGCACCUCGCCUGUCUGACCCCUUGGCUCAUUUCUGUCAGAAAUGUGGAUGUCCUGUCCCACCUCUGCCAGUACGUUGCUUUUCACCCCCUGAAGGAUCACAGAUGGCGCCAUGUCUUGAAUGCAGACAUCUUGUGCCAAUGAAUACACCCUCUUGCAUUGUAUGUGAGUCACCAAUAGCUCCACAGCUGCAGCCCCAAACCAACAUGUGUGUAAAGGGCAAAGUAAUUUGUCAGGCAUGUGGCACAGGAAAUCCUCUUCACCAUAAACACUGUGUGACUUGUGAAAGCAGACUGCCUGAAAUACAGAUGCCCAUGUUCGGAGACACCCCCCCACCUUACCACAGCCAGCAAAGCAAGACAGUUUCAUGCUCAAAGUGCCAUCGUGUUAAUCGAAGUGAUGCCCAUUUCUGUGACUGGUGUGGAGCCAAGCCUGGACCUCCUCCAUCCUACUUUUCUUGUUUCAAGUGUGGUACAAGCAAUUAUCCGUAUGCUCGCUUCUGUGGGUCCUGUGGUGUUUACAUAGAGCCCCCAUCAAGGGUGGGUUCUCCCACCAGCAGUCUCAUGGAUGCUGGGGACUCAGUGGGGGUUUCUGAGCCUAAACGAUUUCAAGCUCAAGUUGCCUGGCAGCCUCUUCCUAUUUCCUUGCCCAAAUCAAGGCCAGAACUAAAAGAAAGAGAAGAUAAAGGAACUCAAACCAUUGGACUUUUUUACCCAUCAAGCAAACUGUUGGAAAAGAAGGAGCUUGAGCUGAUUUCACAAAAAGAAAAACUGGAAAAGAUGAGUGAUCAUAAGCCUCUCCUGACAGCUAUUAGUCCUGGAAAAGGUUACUGGAGAAAACAGCUGGAUCACAUUUGUGCUCACCUUAGAAGCUAUGCUCAGAACAAUCUUGACUUCAGAGCACUGAUUGGAGAACCUCGAAUGGGAAAGAUUAAUUCUGCUACCAUCAGUGAGGAUGACUAUGAAGUCACUAUUACACUGAAUUAUGCUCUUGCUAUUAACAAGAAUAUUCAUACUAAUAAGCCAGUGAAAUUCAGCAAUCCUUACCUGGGUGCUGCAACAGAAGUCAGAGAUGGACAGGAUGGCAGUCAGACUAGUUUGGGCAAAGAUGAUCAUAAUCUUUUCCAUUCAAGAGAUAAAAACCAGCAAAUAAAGUCAAGACCACUUAUAGAAAAACAAGAUAAUCUCCCCCCAGAGCCCAGACAACUUCUGGACAAACUGGGUCCAAAUGGGAAAGGAAGAAUCCCCUUGGUAGAACAGUUACUUUGUGAAGGAGCUGACCCAAACGGCACCAGCGACGAGGACCAACCUGCUCUCACCAGUGCUGUCUGUAACAAGCAUACAGAAGCCAUCUCCCUUCUGGUGCAGAAAGCUGCCGACAACAACCAGCAGUCAGGACCGUAACACAACACUGCUCUCCAUGAGGCAGUUCUGCUUGGAUCAGGAGAGGAGUGCAUUCAGUUCUCUUACAGUAACUGCAAUGCAAACAUAAAGAGGAACACAGAAGGGCAGUCAGCAUACAGUUUGGCUGUUACAGGUGGAAAUAAUGAACUGAUUUCAUUGUUCACAAGAAAGUUUAAACAAGGAACAGUGGACAAAUCUGUGAAACCCAGAAACACUGGUCAUGCCAGUGUGAUUGACUCUCCCCAAGACUGAGCUGAAGGCUCUUCAACAACGGGAGCACCUUAGCACACAUCCUGUUCUGUCUACAGUCUUACCAGCCCUGUACAAACAACUCAGGCCUUCUAACAGCCAUGUAUUUUCUACAUGAUCCCUCCUAUUCCUUCCCAGCAGUUCAGAGCACAAUUCUUCACCACCUGUGCUCUGUUCUGCAAGAUUUCUUUCCAAACCUGUGCAAGAAGAGCACCAACUAAACCUUCCAAUACACAAGGUCAUUAUAAGGAGAUCUGACAAGCCACUUGAGCAAUAGGUGGCUGGAGCAGCUCCGCUCUGGAGCCAGGCUGAUAGAGCUGGGCUUGUUCAGCCUGGAAAAGAGAGGGCUCCAUUGAGACU